AGUCCCCGGAAGUGGCGGGGGAGAAGCCGACGCAGUAAAAGUCCUUCUUCUUCUGUUUCCGUUUUUUCUGACGCUUCACCUUCGUUGUUCGGAAACGAAAGAUAAGAAGAAAACACGGAGAAUCUGCGGUCUCUUCUGGCUCGAUUGGCUCUCGCUCUCUCCUCUCCAGCAACAUGGACCAUAGCCACCAUCACAACACCAUGGCCCCGCCCACCACCGGAGGACACGACCAUGGGGGAGGAGGGACUGAAGGGGGCCAUGGAGGACACAUGAUGGGGAUGGUGAUGACCUUCUACUUUGGCUACGAAAACGUCGAGCUGCUGUUCACUGGACUGCUCAUCAACUCAGUCGGAGAGAUGGUCGCAGCGUGUAUUGGUGUCUUCCUAUUGGCCGUCCUGUACGAGGGCCUGAAGAUUGGACGUGAAGCGUUGCUGCGUCGCAGUCAGGUCAACGUGCGGUACAACUCUAUGCCGCUCCCAGGGGCUGAUGGGACAAUGCUGAUGGAGACGCACAAGACGGUCGGCUCAUUGAUUGACAGUCAUGAUUUGGAGGGGGCGGAGCCUUCUAUUGGAAAAAAGUUAUGCCCCUCAGGACGCGAUGUCAGGCAGCGGAUGCUUAGCCCAGGCCACUUCAUGCAGACCCUGCUGCACAUCAUCCAGGUGGUCAUCAGCUACAUCCUGAUGCUCGUGUUCAUGACCUACAACGCUUACCUGUGCAUCGCCACAGCGCUUGGUGCCGGGAUGGGCUAUUUCCUGUUCAGCUGGAGGAAGGCGGUGGUCGUCGACAUCACCGAGCACUGCCAUUAGCUAACAUGCUAAUUAGCAUUGUGCCGGGAAGUUUAAUUUCUGCUGAUCACAAUCGAUAAAUGGUAACAACUACUCUCAAGUUUUGUAAGAGCUCUAGCCAACGUGCUACUGAAACUACAAAAUACCAGAAUGGUUCAUCAUUUUCAGCUAUCACAUGAAACACUAAAUUCAUAAUAACACCUUGUUGUAGGAUAGCGUUCACUCUUAAAAACACAAGUAAAGACCUUUUUGUUUUACAGAAAACUAAAAUCAUUUAUUAUUGAUCUUUCUGCCUGACUAGUCAGCCAAUCAGAGCUUGGAUCACAUUAGAAAGUUCUGAUUGGUCAGAUCAACAUUUUCUUUUAAUCUUUUUUCUGUGCCAUGUCAACAGGUUAGCGGCAAUUGUACUUAGUUUACAUACACUUCUUUUAGUUAGCAUCGUUGGCAGAUUAUUUUAAGAGCCAAUCAUAGCAAAGUAUUUAAAUAGUUAGAUUUUUUGAUUUAACUGAAAAAUGUAAAAGAAUCUACCAUGACUCACUCGUUUCAUUAAUCAGCACAUUUAAAUUUCAUUAAAUAAUCCGAGCAACAGAGCAACAGCAGAACAUCAGACGUUAAACUUACCUGAAAAUGUAAAUCAUUUUCUUGUUGACACCAAAUGUUUAUUUACACUUUUUAUAAAAAUAUUUUAAAAUGAAUUAUUUGUCCAGUUUGGGUUUGAUAAUCUGACUGGUUGGUGAGUCAGCCAAUCAGGGCUCGGACACAUCUAUCCAGCUUUCACAUCUACACUGACAAUUUCCCCAGUUUUCUUCUUUAAAACUUUGAAACACAAGUUUACAUUAACACACAGUAUAUAACUUAAUUGAUUCAAUUUACUGGUGUCUUUUUUUUCUGAGCCUUAAACUCGACACCGUUUGCCUUAAUGUGGCCAACGAGUUGAAACGUCCUGAUGUUCGAUGUGCUGUGACUGGAGGCCAGGGUUCGAUCUGUAUCUGCUGCUUAUCAGUGUCAACAUUAAAAUCUGUCGUUAACUUGUCGUUAACUGUCUGCUGCUCUCUCUUCACUAUGACCUGACAACAUUGGUCUCUUAUCUUUAGCUUUGGAUGAGAUGUCGUUCAUAGCAGCGUCAGAUGUUGUGAUAUGUUGUGAUUAUUUUAAUUAAAUCGUUUCACUCUGAGAUAGAUGGAGUUUACUUAAUGGACCAAUGAGAUUACAGGGACAGAUAGGUUACUGGAUUUCUAUUUUGUGAGUCUGCUUACUUUAGGCCAUUAUCAGGCGUCCAGAGUGGGCAGUUGUAUAUUGAUGAAGGGUGUCCAUGUCCUCUUGUCCAGGUGCUGUUGUUGUGUGAGGGGCCACAUCAGGUUUAAUGUCACGUUUAAUGUCAGGCUUGAUUUUCUCGUGUGAAUUGACUCGUUGAGACUGGAUCAUGAUUAAAACAUUAUGAAAACUUGUGAAGGAAAUUUUUAUAUCUGAGUCUGAUGUUCUAAUUGUCCCAAAUGCUGGAAUAAAAGAUAAAAGUUAA